AUGGCAGAACUCAACGACGAGAGUGGUGGCGUCAUCCUUGACGGUCCUUUCGACCCUGACGCGCAGGCUACCGUCACCGACUACAUUGACUACACCGAAUUCCUUCCCGCAGACCUCAUCCGCUCCCUGACUCUCAUCCGUGGCCUAGACGAGCGCUAUACAGAAGCUGCACAGGGUGUUCAUGAUCUCACCAAAACCUAUGGCCAGCUACCCGACCUCGCCGCCGACACGCGACCGAACUCCCAGACCCUCCGCAAAGACAUCUCCUCCCAGCUCGACCGCGCUAUCAACGCCCGCGAGUCCGCGUAUGCCGAAGCUUGUCGCCUCUACGAUGUUGUCGACCGCCACUUCAAUCGUCUGGGCUGUAUAAAACAGAAACUAGAAGCUCUUCCGAAACCCGCUUCGCGCGAUCCUACUCCUCCCUCCAAUCUCCCUAACAACAAACGUGCGCGAGCAACAAAGAAAGGCGAAGAUGGCGCCCAGCCUACAACGCGCAUCACUCUCCGUUUAGAUAGCCAGGAAAAUGCGGGAGCGGCCUCGUCUGCGCAAAAAUCGAGAAGCCGUCGCUCCGUGAUAGCCGCAGAGCAUCUCGCAGAUUUCAACCCAGACUCCCCGAUUGCCAGUACGGAACAUUCCGAUGUGGAGGCCGAUUCGAAAACAGAGGUGUCGCCAGUGGACCCGGAUACUGCCAAGUCUGAUAAGGCUAAGAAAGAGAAACAAAACAGGCGAUCGCGGCCUCCAGGCAUGGGCACAAACGCGCACAGUGCUGUCGCGGGCAUAUCAACCAGUAAUGCCUUGGCUAUGCUGCAGCCUCCCCCUGAGGAUGCAAGACCGGGUACUCAGGACAUGCCGUGGUUGCGCCUGACAGAGUGGGAGAUGACCAAGCUGCGGAAGAAGAUGAAGAAGAACGCAGUAUGGCAGCCUAGUGAGGUGAUGAUCCAUCGCGAACUCGCUCUUCGUGGCCGAGGAUGGGAGGCCUACCGGGCUGCAAAAGCGGAGGCGGAGGCCGGUGGAACACCAUUUAUUGACUGCGACGACAUCGCCAACACCUAUAUCCCUGGCAAGUUGACCCGGCGCAGUGAAGCCACCAAGGACCAACUAGGGACGACAGAGACCAAGCUGAGCAAUCGUGGUAUGAAGCUAAACGAGGCCAAGAAAUUGAAACGGGAGAACCUGGCAAGAGAGCAAGCUGCUGCCGCCGCCGCCGCCGCUGCCGCCGAAGCUGGGAAGCGAGAUUCUGCUUCUAGCAAGAGCCAGCUCCCCAGCCCUACAGGCCAGAGUGUCCCAGCUUCCGAAGCUCAGACAGCGGAGAAGCCCACUCGCGCAUCAAAGAAAAGAAAACUCGAAGAAGAAAGUCCUGUCGUUGAUGCUGUUCCUCCUACCCAACCGGAUGACGAAUCCCGGACUGCUUUGCGCAGCUCUGCAAAACGCCGCAAAAACAGCAAAGAGACGCCUAGUACCACCCCCAUGGAAGCCAGUGCAAGCGCAUCUAAUGCCUCAGUAAACACAACCGCUACAGCUACUGCCACCGAUGCUGCUGCGACUGCUGCUGAUCCAUCCGCCAAUGCGAGGAAGUCACCGCCCCUGCCCUCCCCGACGGAAUCCAAGCCCGUCGCCGCAGCGCCCACUGCUGCAGAGCCAGAGACUACUAAUGGAGAAACUACCUCUACACCACCUGUCGCCCGACCCCCAUCCCGCCGACUUUCUAUUGCCGCAGCAGCGGAACCAGCCCUGACUGUCAGUGCCCAGGUGGCUGGAAGGGAUCUUCGGCGCAAGAGUGCGACUCCUGCGAGAAGGACUCCUGUUCCCGAGUCUGCUCGUGCUGCCAGCGUCAGCGCUCCUACUCGCCGCCGUAAACGACCAGCUCCGGGUCCAAUCUCAUCGGGACAAAACGGCGGUGCAGCGGUCAGCUAUGGACGUCGUAAAGCCAAACCGACAAAGAAGAGAAUUGGAGUCCGCGAAAAUGGCCAGAACCAAGAUCCGUCGUCGAGGGAGGAUGUGCGCAUUGACGAAGAUGGUGUUCUAGAGGAGAUUGAUCCCAAUGAACCUCGGUAUUGCCUCUGCGGGGACAUUAGUUUUGGAACCAUGAUCUGCUGUGAAAACCAGGACUGUGAUAGAGAAUGGUUCCAUCUGGAUUGUGUCGGCCUAUCCGAAGUCCCCAGCCGAACAGCCAAAUGGUACUGUCCUGCUUGCCGGGUCAGAUUCAAUAAAGGGGUGGAUGGAAUUGUCAAGAUCGGUACUCGCCGAUGA